UGAAGGUGACGGUGGUCCCGGUCCCGGUCCCGGUGCCCGCCCCGCCAUGGCCGCUCGGCAGCUGCUGGCGCUGCGGCGCCUGCCUGCCGCCGCCGCCUCCUCUUCCUCCUCCUUCUCGACGGCGCCCAAAAAGACGCAAUUCGGGUCGCUGCGCGACGAGGACCGGAUUUUCACCAACCUCUACGGGCGGCACGACUGGAGGCUGCAAGGCGCUCUGCGCCGCGGCGACUGGUACAAGACGAAGGAGAUCCUGCUCAAAGGGGUGGAUUGGAUCCUCGGCGAGAUCAAGGCUUCGGGGCUGCGGGGCCGUGGCGGCGCCGGUUUCCCCACCGGCCUCAAAUGGAGCUUCAUGAACAAACCCCCGGAUGGCAGGCCCAAGUACCUGGUGGUGAAUGCCGAUGAGGGGGAACCGGGCACCUGUAAGGACCGGGAGAUCAUGCGCCACGACCCCCACAAACUGGUGGAGGGCUGCCUGGUGGCGGGGCGCGCCAUGGGCGCCCGCGCCGCUUACAUCUACAUCCGCGGCGAGUUCUACAACGAAGCCUCCAAUCUGCAGGUGGCCAUCCGGGAAGCCUAUGAGGCCGGGCUCUUGGGGCGGGACGCUUGCGGCUCCGGGUACGCCUUCGAUGUCUUUGUGGUGAGGGGUGCCGGAGCCUACAUCUGCGGGGAGGAGACGGCGCUGAUCGAAUCCAUCGAGGGGAAGCAGGGCAAGCCGCGCCUGAAGCCCCCCUUCCCUGCCGACGUGGGUGUUUUUGGGUGCCCCACCACGGUGGCUAACGUGGAGACGGUGGCUGUGGCCCCCACCAUCUGCCGGCGGGGGGGGACCUGGUUCGCCGGCUUCGGGCGGGAGCGCAACUCGGGGACGAAACUCUUUAACAUCUCGGGUCACGUCAACAACCCCUGCACUGUGGAGGAGGAGAUGUCGGUGCCACUGAAGGAGCUCAUUGAGAAACACGCCGGGGGUGUCCGAGGGGGCUGGGACAACCUGCUGGCUGUCAUCCCGGGGGGCUCCUCCACGCCGCUGCUCCCCAAGUCGGUGUGUGAGACCGUGCUGAUGGACUUCGAUGCCCUGGUGCAGGCGCAGAGCGGGCUUGGCACAGCUGCUGUCAUCGUCAUGGACAAAUCGACUGACGUCAUUAAAGCCAUCGCUCGCCUCAUUGAGUUUUACAAGCACGAGAGCUGCGGGCAGUGCACGCCAUGCCGGGAAGGCGUCGACUGGAUGAACAAGGUGAUGGCGCGGUUCGUGCGGGGCGACGCGGAGGCGGCAGAGAUAGACGCGCUGUGGGAGAUCAGCAAACAGAUCGAGGGCCACACCAUCUGUGCCCUGGGCGACGGCGCGGCCUGGCCCGUGCAGGGCCUCAUCCGCCAUUUCCGACCUGAGCUGGAGGAGAGGAUGCGGCGCUACGGUGAGGCCAAAGCCCGGGUGGCAUCGGCGUAAGGAGCCGGCAGCUGUGGCCCUGCCAUCGCCUGCCUGGGAGGGCUUCUUGGGGUUGGGGCAGGGCUUCUCGCAGCAGGUUGGGGGGCUGCGUUGAGGGGUCCUCAUUAAAUGCUGCUGCGCUCA